ACUUCUCAGUCUAAACUAACUCUCUUCUCUCUUUGAGACCGUGGAGAAGAGAAGAUUGGUGGUGACAAUGGCAGCGGUUGGAGUGUUGAAAGCGCCUCCUCAGAGCUCUUGGGGGCUCAUCGGUGAAGGAACAAACUUUCGUGCGGCGUCGUCUAGGAGUUUAUCAUUCGCAUCCUCUAAUCUAUCUGGCGAUAAGCUGAUCUCGUCGUUGUUCCUUCAACGACGCCGUUCCGCGGCAUGCUCCGAUGGUGGAACUCCGGUGAUCGUCUCUCCCAAGGCAGUUUCUGAUUCCAGGAAUUCGCAGACAUGUCUUGAACCCGACGCUAGCCGAAUAUGUUAUGUUGUCUAUAUGAUCCUUCACAGAGUGUCUUGGGGAUUAUUCUUGGAGGUGGAGCUGGGACACGCCUUUACCCCCUUACAAAGAAGAGAGCAAAACCAGCUGUUCCUCUGGGAGCUAACUACCGGCUGAUUGAUAUUCCUGUUAGCAAUUGCUUGAACAGUAAUGUAUCCAAGAUCUAUGUUCUCACGCAAUUCAAUUCGGCAUCCCUCAAUCGCCACCUUUCACGGGCAUAUGCUAGUAACAUGGGUGGAUAUAAGAAUGAGGGUUUUGUUGAAGUUCUUGCUGCUCAGCAGAGUCCAGAAAACCCCAAUUGGUUCCAGGGUACAGCUGAUGCUGUGAGGCAGUAUUUGUGGCUGUUUGAGGAGCACAAUGUUCUAGAAUUCCUGGUUCUUGCUGGCGACCAUUUGUAUCGAAUGGAUUAUGAGAGAUUUAUUCAGGCUCAUAGAGAAACUGAUGCUGAUAUCACUGUUGCUGCGCUGCCAAUGGAUGAAAAACGUGCCACUGCAUUUGGUUUAAUGAAAAUUGACGAAGAAGGCCGCAUAAUUGAAUUUGCAGAGAAACCCAAAGGAGAGCAGUUGAAAGCUAUGAAGGUUGAUACUACUAUUUUAGGUCUUGAUGAUGAGAGAGCUAAAGAGAUGCCUUACAUCGCAAGUAUGGGUAUAUAUGUUGUCAGCAAAGAUGUGAUGUUAAAUCUACUUCAGGAACAGUUUCCUGGAGCCAAUGAUUUUGGAAGUGAAGUUAUACCUGGUGCUACUUCCAUUGGAAUGAGAGUACAAGCUUACUUGUAUGAUGGCUACUGGGAAGACAUUGGUACAAUCGAGGCUUUCUAUAAUGCAAAUUUGGGAAUCACAAAAAAGCCAGUGCCAGAUUUUAGCUUCUACGAUCGUUCAUCCCCCAUAUACACCCAACCUAGAUAUUUGCCUCCUUCCAAGAUGCUCAAUGCCGAUGUCACAGAGAGUGUAAUUGGCGAGGGCUGUGUGAUUAAGAACUGUAAAAUUCACCAUUCUGUGGUUGGGCUUCGAUCUUGCAUAUCAGAGGGUGCAAUUAUAGAAGACACAUUGUUGAUGGGUGCAGAUUAUUAUGAGACGGAUGCUGACAGGAGGUUUCUGGCUGCGAAGGGAGGCAUUCCAAUUGGUAUUGGCAAGAACUCUCACAUCAGGAGAGCAAUAAUUGACAAGAAUGCACGCAUAGGGGAGAAUGUGAAGAUCAUUAACAGUGAUGAUGUUCAAGAAGCAGCGAGGGAAACAGAUGGAUACUUCAUAAAGAGUGGGAUCGUCACAGUAAUCAAGGAUGCCUUGAUUCGUAGUGGUACUAUCAUCUAGAGAUGUUGCGUGCUUAGCCACACUAUGGAAUGCCUUGCCUAGUUUUCGCUUGACAGCACUUGGGGUCGAAGAGAAGGAAAAAGUUGCAGCUUCGGCGUCCUCCUAUUAUGAAUAUAUGCUUUCAUUCGGGUAUUUCAGAGGAGAGUAGAAGCACUUUACGCUGCUGUGAAAAUAAAUACAGGUUUACUGCUCAUCUCUUGAAUAGAUGCUAAUUGAAAAAAUGAACAGUUUGAUGCACGAGCAGUCUAGGUCUGAGAAGACUUAAAUAUAUAUAACCUUAUUCCAUUGGAGAGUUUGUUUCUAUCAUUCAAACCGUUGAUGCUCAAAUCACAAUGAGACAAUCUAAUUGUUGUAUCAACAUCUGCCGUCUACUUUAAGUAUAUAAAGUGGUUCAUGAACAACACUUAUUGGAUCGUAACACAAGAAAUACAAUUACUAGAUGUUAUUGGAUAUAUGCAGGAUGUGGGAAUUAUUAAGCAGUUCUUCUCUGGGCUCUUCUAUCCAUGCUGAAUU